AUCAAUAUGAAUUAAAUAGUGAAAGCCAUAUAAAUGCAUCUGAUUCUAACAUUUCUCAUUAGAUGGUGAGAAAGAUCAAUUUGAAAGAUGAGGUUCUCUGAGUGGAUGAAUAGAUCUUGCUUCUCAGGCUAUUCCACAGCAGAAGAGGUCACACAAGGAAUCGAUGGAUCUGCUCUCACUGCCAUCAUCACAGGAGCAUCGAGUGGGAUUGGAGCAGAGACAACCAGAGUUCUUGCAUUGCGAGGUGUUCAUGUGAUUAUGGCAGUGAGGAAUACAGAAGCUGGUAGGAAUGUAAAACAGGCAAUUCUUAAACAAAUCCCAACUGCUAAGAUUGAUGUUAUGGAAUUAGACCUCAGCUCCAUGGACUCUGUCAGGAAAUUUGCUUCACAAUACAUCUCCUUGGACCUUCCUUUGAAUAUUCUCAUUAAUAAUGCAGGAUUUUAUUCAACCAAAUCCAUCCCUUCCAAACAUAAUAUAGAACUCCACUUUGCAACCAACCAUCUAGGUCAUUUUCUUUUGACAAAUCUUUUGCUGGAGACCAUGAAAAAAACAGCAGAGAAAAGUAAAGAAGAAGGAAGGAUCAUCAACGUAUCAUCAGUGGCUCACCAUUAUGCUUCAACUAUUUCUUUUGACAAAAUCAAUAUUACAUCAAGUUACCUCGACCCCUUGGCUUACGCACGAUCGAAGUUGGCUAAUAUAUUGCAUGCUAACGAGCUUGCAAGACGCUUGAAGGAAGAAGGAGUUAGCAUAACUGCUAACUCACUCCAUCCUGGAGUAAUUGAUACUAAAAUUUUGCGCAGCGAGGGUUUUAGAGUUCUUUUUAUGAUGAUUAGGAAAUUUGUCGCGAUGAAAAAUGUCCAGCAGACUUAUGAUAGCUUUUCGGAGAGGGAAUUUCGAGACACACGACUUUCAAAAGUGUGACAAGAGUCACAGUCUGUAAUAAAGUUCGAGGCAAAAAUUCUACCGUUUAGGAGGUCAAUUUUACAUUUUAAUUAUUUUUUUGAUAUUUUUGUAAUUUCACAUAUUAGGAUUUUUCUAUUAUAAAUAGCCUCCCCUUGGCUAUUUGAGACUCACUUUUCAAUAUUUAAAGAAUUUCAAUAAGACUUUUCUGACUUCUAGCCUAUCGUUUCUUUUAUAUCGUCUUAACGAAACGAUAUUGGUUAAAAUUCUUGACGGAGUCUAAUCAGUCUUUUAUCAGAUUGGUAUCAAAGUAAAGUACAACCAUGGUAGACAACCAAAAGGCGCGACUUGCUGCAAUUGAUGCGUCUUUAGCAGAAUUGAGGGAGAUGAUUGAACAGUUAGCCCUGUAGCAGGGAAUACACCAACCCACCGCCACCGAACACCCCUAGCCAGUCGCCAAUCUUAUGGUCGUCAAUCCUGUGCCUGCAAAUCCCCAACAGAAUUAUCAGGAAGGUUACAAGGUCAAGAUAGACCUUCAAAACUUUUUUGGUUCGUUGAAUAUAGAAUCUGUUCUUGAUUGGUUGGCGGAGGUUGAACGUUUCUUCGAAGUUAUGAAUGUGGAAGAGGAUCGCAAGGUUCUAAUUGUGGCCUAUAAGUUAAAAGGGGGUACAACAGCCUGGUGGAAUUCGAUUAAAAAGGAACGCUAUCGGAGGAGGCUAGCACCCAUACGAAACUCGGUGUUGAUAAAACAGAUGAUUGAACAGCGGUUCUUGCCUAAUGAUCACGCUCAAGUUUUGUAUAACCGGUAUCAUGACUGUGUAUAGGGGAAUCGAAGGGUGGAUGAAUAUACCAAGGAGUUUUUGAGGUUA